UAGUCUUGAGAACAGUGUCUUCUGUACAGUAGUGACAUCGCAACCGCAUUUUACUUGGGGCAAGCUGAGUGCCAUAGUUACUAAUAACACAUCAGAUUAGACCGACGAUUUUAGGAAGUUCUCUUUUAUUUUUAUUAGAAAUGGACCAGAAGGACACGGAGAUGAACGAGAAAAGAGUUUGUUCAUCUACCAGUGGAGUUGUUGUCCAAGUUAGAGAGAAGAAAGGACGUUUACGCGCAGCUAUACCGUACAUGCCUUUUCCUGUAGCUGUACUUUGCUUAUUUCUGAACACCUUUGUUCCUGGACUAGGUACAUUCGUCUCAGCAUUUGCAGUGCUCUGUGGUGCCAGGACAGAUCUGCCAGACCAGCACAUCUGCUGUGUGUUUUGGCUGAACAUCGCAGCUGCAUUCAUCCAGAUCCUUACUGCUGUGGUCAUGGUGGGCUGGAUAAUGAGCAUAUUCUGGGGCAUGGACAUGGUCAUCCUCGCAAUCUCUGAAGGCUAUCGGGAGCAGACAGCAGCCCAGCAGCUCUGAGGUGUUCACCUGUCCAAACCCAUGAACGUGUGCUUUUUCAGCAAAGAGCUCCCACCAGCACAGAUGGAAGUGUUAGGAAGUAUGAGGGUAGUUUCCUGGUGGAGUGAAAGAAGAGUCAACUGCAGUCAGCUUUUCAACCUUGUUGGACAUCAAGGCUGCCAGAAGGGUGGCUGUACAGUGUCCCAAAAGCCCUUGUGAAUAUUACCAGAAAAUGCUAAUGUGCCAACUGUAUGUGUGCUAAACUCAUCCACUCUUGUCCUGGCAAACUAUUCAUUAAUUUGUUUUCUGUUCAACCUAACUGUACUUGGAAUAAAGGAUGUGUACUGCCUAUACAAAAGCAUUUGCUACAUGAAUAACAUCUAAACUAAAAUGGUUUUGAUGUAUGCAAAGAGCAACGGGUAUCUAAUUAAGUGGUUUAAUUAGAUAUUCAGUGAUGCAAGACCAUGCACCUUGAACCCUACACCUUAUAGAGCAAACAGAAUAACCCAGUCAGGAUAGCUGAAGUAUUUAACACAGGUUACACUCUGUUUUUAUAUAUCAUUUAUAUAUCAUGUAUAUUACAACAAUAUAGAUACUAAAAUGUUGUCCUACUCUGUAGUAUACAUAUUCUUCUUUUAAUUUCUAAAUACCACACAUUUUGGCACAACAUUGCCCUCUAUGUUUGUAAAGUAGGCCACAAAACACGGCAGUGUGUGCUAUUUAUUUAUGGUUAUUUUGUAGAACAUAUUCUGCAUAGAUACCAUGUGUGUCACCAUUACACAGUGUUUGACUCAUUUAUUUUGACCUUAAAGCACAAACACAAACAAAUGUAACAUGUAUUUGUAGUUUGAUGCAUAACUAUUUAUUGUUUGUUGUUUAGUGAAGCAGUAAUGCUGGAUCAAUGUUAUGAUCCAUGAAUCAAGGAAUGAAAAAAUAUGACUAGGUAGUAUUAUUUUCAUUUCGAAGACAUGACAAGCAGUAAAUAGUAAAAAUGGUAUUAGAUUUAAGAGUAACCCUGAAAAUGUAUACACUUGUUCAGUAUUGCUCAGAAUGAAUUCAUAUUGUUUGUUUUUGUUGUUGUUUUGUUUUUACAUUAACAUGGGUAAAUAACAUCAAUGUAUAAUUAGUCUUAUAGUGUCCAAAGAAUGUAUUUAAUUACAAAUUCUUCAGGGUUUAUUCUUUAAACAUAAAAACUUGUAAAAUAAAAUGCAUUAAUGUUAUUGAAUAAUUGUAUAACUCUGUAUCACUACUGUGCUUAUGCUUGUGUUUAUGUAAAUUUUCAGGACAAAUAUUUUAUGACUAUGCAGUAUGUAAUGAAUCAUGUUUCUUUUAUAAAAAGUGUUUUACCUUAUUGAGACUAAUUUUUCUGGUCCUGACAAAGAAGGUAGCCCUUCUCUCAUCAAACUGGAAAAGAAAAAACAUAUAUUUCGUUAGUGAGGCUAAGGUCAUGGUUAAGUUUUAGGAUUAGGUAUAGAAUUAUUUUAUAUACAAGUAGUUAACUUACAAAGCAUACAGAAAGUUUUUAGACUAUUUUAAGUUUUCCACAUUUUGAUGUUUCAGACUCACCUUCAAAUACUUCAAAUACUUUUUACUAUUUUUUUUUCUUCUCAAUUUUUUUUCAACACACAAAUUGCCAAAUUGCCAAAGCAAAAUCAGGUUUUUGUAAUGUUUCAUAGAUUCAUAAAAAUGAAAAAAUUAAAUAUUACAUGUACUUUUGGCAGCAACAAUAGCCUCGGGUCUUCUUGGGAAUGAGCCUGCAAGCAGGAUCUGCAGGAUCUGUUGGAGGUUUCUCCCAUUCAUUGUAUCAGAAGUGUUGAAGCUGAGCCAGGUUGGAUGGAAGUGUUGGUGUACAUAUUUGAGCUGUCUCCAGAGAUGUUCUACUGGACUCUGGCUGGGCAUCUCCUGGGCUUCCACAGAGUUUUCUGCAAAGCCACUCAUGCGUUUUAAUGGCAUUAUACCUCAGGUCAUGUUGUUGAAAUGUAAACUAACCCUAACCCUAGCCCUAGAUGUUGGGCACUACAGGAGUAUAAGACUGUUCUUGGUUUCAAACCUCUUUGGAGCCUCUUGGGCAUAUGUGCACUUUCAAUGCUGCUUUUAUCUUAAAUGUUCUUUUAGCUUUCCUCAGGCCUGUGCUUUGACACGGUCCUAUCUCCCAGCUCUUCAGACAAGUCUCUUGUUCUCAUAGUUUUGAUCAUCUAAGAGAAAUUCUAUAGAAAUGAUAUAAAUAUAGGCUUCUCUAAACUAUUUCCAGUCAAUUCAUUUAAGAUAAAAUGGAAUCCAGAUAAACUGUCAAAACAUUUCAAGGAAGUAAGAUGCACCAGAGAUUUAUAGCAAGUGUCAUAAUAAAGGGUCUGAAUACUUAUAAUAAAUUUUUGUAAUAACAAAGCAUUUCAUAAAUAAAUUGUGGAGUGUUGUCUGUAGUCUGAUAAGAAAAUUAGUUAAAUAUAUUUUAUGAUGAGUCUGAAAAUUUUAAGAU